AUGGAUUCCAAAAACGUUUUCCUCAUCCUUGGUCUAUUGGCCAUGGUUCUUAGUUUUACAUCAGAGGUGUCAGCUAGAAAAUUAACUGAGACUUCCAUAAAUGCCAAAGAGAAUGUUGUUGAAAAGUCAAAUGAAAUUAGUGUCCAUAAUCAUGGUCAUGGUGAAGGCUUUGGUCAUGAAAGCCAUGGUCAUGGAGUCCACAGUCACGGUGGUGCAGCCUCCGGUUAUGAUGGUGGAGGUUACAGUCACGGUUAUAAUGGCUUCGGUAACAUUGGUGGACUUUUCGGUCAUGUUCAUGGUGGUGGCGGUGGACAUGGUCAUGGUCAUGGUCAUGGUCAUGGUGGUGUUGGUGUUGCCAACCAUGGUAAAUGA